AUGUUCUUUCUUAACCGCCGUGCUCUUUCAGUGAAAUACAGAGGAUUAAAUUAAACGUAAACGCGGAGUUAUACUUUAUUUCCUUGCGGACUAUUAUCAUUUUAUACGUGCCUGUUUACUCCUUAGAAAAAAAUUCACGUAGGAUUUGUUUUCCUCCCCCUUCUGCUUAAUGGUGUGGGAUCCUCCUUUUCUCUCUCAUUAGCGCCUUUCUGGUGCUGCAGUAUGAACGGACACACACAGCCAGGCGGAUUGAACUAGUACUUGCGUAUUUCGGUUAAAAUGUUUUACGCUGGUGUGGGAUUUUGGACACGACUUCAAGCCGGACACGUGGAAUAAUAAACAUGUCAUUGUUUUGAAAUCAGUUCUGGGGAAGUGCACAGGCAAACGCGUGUCCUUGUUUAUUGUAGGAUCCAUGAAAUAAAGGGUGAAAAUGACCUAUGGCGGAAGUUGAAUCAAAAACAGACAGACUCUGAGUGAGCUGGACGGGGCUUGUCCCAUAAUCCCUGCUUAUCGGGUCAAGGGACCAUGGGAGAUGGAGGCAUCAAUGCGGUGGGAGAAGGGGUGAAUCAGUCCCAUGUGCUCUUUGACCGCUUCGUCCAGGCCACCACCUGCAAAGGCACUCUCAAGGCUUUUCAAGAGCUUUGUGACUUCCUGGAACUCAAGCCCAAUGAAUACCGUGUGUUCUACCACAAACUCAAGUCCAAGCUCAACUACUGGAAAGCCAAAGCUCUCUGGGCCAAGUUAGACAAGCGCGCCAGCCACAAAGAAUACAAAAAAGGAAGGGCCUGUGCCAAUGCCAAGUGUCUGAUCAUUGGAGCUGGACCAUGUGGUUUACGUACAGCCAUAGAGCUGGGCUUUCUUGGAGCCAAGGUGGUUUUGUUGGAGAAGAGGGAUGCAUUCUCCCGAAACAAUGUGCUCCAUCUUUGGCCCUUCACAAUUCAGGAUCUGAGGGGUCUUGGAGCCAAGAAGUUUUAUGGCAAGUUUUGUGCUGGAGCCAUCGACCAUAUCAGUAUUCGCCAAUUGCAGCUGAUGCUCUUGAAGGUAGCUCUUCUCCUUGGCAUCGAAAUCCAUGUAAAUGUGGAGUUCAAAGGCCUCAUUGAGCCACCAGAAGACCAAGAGAAUGAGAGAAUUGGGUGGAGAGCCGAGGUCCACCCCAGAACACAUCCAGUCAAUGAGCUAGAGUUUGAUGUCAUAAUUGGGGCUGAUGGGAGGAGAAACACGCUGUCAGGGUUCAGGAGGAAGGAGUUCAGGGGCAAACUGGCUAUCGCUAUCACAGCAAACUUCAUUAACCGCAACACGACUGCAGAAGCAAAGGUGGAAGAGAUCAGUGGAGUAGCCUUCAUCUUCAACCAGAAGUUCUUCCAGGACCUUAGAGAAGCCACAGGAAUUGACCUGGAAAACAUUGUCUACUAUAAGGAUGACACACACUACUUUGUAAUGACUGCCAAAAAGCAGAGCCUGCUGGAGAAGGGUGUCAUUCUACAUGACUAUGCCGACACAGAAAUGCUGCUCUCCAGGGCCAAUGUUGACCAGAAGGCUCUGCUCUCCUAUGCUAGAGAGGCAGCAGAUUUCUCUACCAAUCAUCAGCUUCCUAAGCUGGACUUUGCCAUCAACCACUACGGCCAACCUGAUGUCGCCAUGUUUGACUUCACCUGUAUGUAUGCCUCUGAAAACGCAGCACUCGUCCGGCAGCGCAACGGCCAUAAGCUGCUAGUAGCCCUGGUGGGGGACAGCCUUCUAGAGCCAUUUUGGCCAAUGGGCACUGGAAUAGCAAGAGGUUUCUUGGCAGCCAUGGAUUCAGCAUGGAUGGUGCGAAGUUGGGCUCAUGGAAGCUCCCCUCUGGAGGUCCUGGCUGAACGGGAAAGUAUCUAUCGACUGCUGCCACAGACGACACCAGAAAAUGUGAGUAAGAACUUUAGCCAGUACAGCGUUGACCCAACUACACGGUACCCCAACAUCAGCCUUCACCAAGUGAGACCCAACCAGGUACGGCAUCUGUUGGACACCGGAGAAACCAGGGAUUUGCGCGUUGACAUGGAGAAUGUGGUCAACUCUUCAACUCCUAAGCUCACAAGAAAUGAAAUUCUGCUUGAGAAGCAAUUGCAAGAGUCCAUUGUGCGCUCCAGUAAGCUGCUUAACUGGUGUCAGAGGCAGACGGAGGGAUACCGAGGUGUCAGUGUGUCUGAUCUCACCACGUCCUGGAAGAGUGGCUUGGCGCUGUGCGCGCUCAUCCACAGAUACAGACCAGACCUCAUUGACUUUGACUCGCUGGAUGAGAAAGACGUGGAGAAGAACAACCAGUUGGCUUUUGACGUGGCAGAAAAGGAGUUUGGAAUUUCUCCCAUCAUGACCGGGAAGGAGAUGUCUGGUGUGGUGGAGCCUGACAAGCUCUCCAUGGUGAUGUACCUCAGCCAGUUCUAUGAAAUGUUCAAGGACACUGUGCCACCUGGUGAAAACCACAAUCUGAGCCCUGAGGAGAAGGCUGCGUUGAUUGCCAGCACUAAAUCACCCAUCUCAUUCUUCAGUAAACUGGGUCAAAGCAUCGCCAUCUCCCGCAAACGAAACCCCAAGGAUAAAAAAGAAAAGGAACUGGAUGUACAAGGGAAAAGACGAAAGACCAGCCAGACUGGACAGUCAGAGGAUGAGGAGCUGCAGAGGGUUAAUCGAGACGAAAGGCCCUCUAUAGCUACAGCUCUGGCGGAACGUAAAAUUGACUCGGCUGCAGCAGCAAACAACAACAACAAAGUGAAGUCAAUGGCCACACAGCUCCUAGCAAAGUUUGAGGAGAACGCUCCGACGCAGUCUACCGGACUCAAACGACAGGGGGACUCUAUGCCUAAUCUGGGGCUCCUACUGACCCCCUCUCCGCCUGCUCCCUCUCUGAAAGAGUCAGUGCGACUAGCUUCAGUCCCUGCAUGGAGGAAGGCCAGCAGCGGGACUGAGGUCUUGAGGAGCUGCCCUAAGAAAACCAUUCUCCUUUCUUCUUCCUCACCCUCAUCUUCCUCAUUCUCUUCAUCGUUUCUUCCACACACACAGGAAGAUAACCUGCCUAAUGUGGACAAGCCAGAGCCCAUACAUAUCCCUAGCAUUCAAGAGCGAGCUGAGACUUUAGUCUCUAGAUUUAAAGGCAAGCCUGACAGGAAGGACAAGCCACAGGUUAUGAAAAAGCCAUCACGGUUCUUUAUUGAGCAGUGGCUUUUGACCCACGGCCUCAGCCCUGAGCAACCCCUCUUUCCUUCUGACCCCCAGCAUCACAGCAGAAGGCAGACUUUGCAUUCUGAUGAUCACGUGCCUUUACACAUUCCCAGCAUUCAGGAGCGAGCUGAGAGGUUAGCCUCUCAGUUUAAAGACAAACCAGCAAAGCCAAAGUCUAAGAAAAAGUCAUCACGCUUCUUCACAGAGCAGUGGCACAGAGCGCGUGAUGUGAGCUCUGAUAGUCCUCUGCUUUCCCCCGGCUCUUUCCGGCAGCACUAUGUAAAGAUGUACACAGGGGGUGUGAGCUCACUGGCUGAGCAAAUAGCCAAUCAGCUUCAGGCAAAGGACGACCCCAGGCCCUUGCUUGAGAAAAGGGAUUUGGGUUCCUUGCGAAAGGAGUUUCCUCAGAACAUCGGUGGCAGUGAUGUGUGUUUCUUCUGUCGGAAGCGCGUCUAUGUGAUGGAGCGUCUCAGCGCGGAAGGAAAGUUUUUCCACCGCAGCUGCUUCAAGUGCGACUACUGCGGCACCACCCUCCGCCUGUCCUCGUAUGCCUUCGAUGUUGAGGAUGGGAAGUUUUACUGUAAACCGCACUACUGCUACCGACUUUCUGGUCUGGCACAGAGAAAACGGCCUGCGCCUGCUGCUGCUCCCUUAAACCCCAAGGAGCCCCAGGUGUUGGCGGUAACCCCCAACACAGUGGACGCCCCAGGCCAAGCCAUAACUUCUCAGGCCCCUGCGGAACGCCGGCCCUCAGUGACAGAGGUGAACGGAGUUACGGAGCCCAGCAUGGCCAAACGUCUUAAAGGGACUCCAGAAAGGAUAGAGCUGGAAAACUACCGUCUAUCUAUGAUGAGAGAGGAGGAGCUGGAGGAGGUGCCUGAGGAGACACAGGCCGAGCACAACCUCAGCAGUGUGCUGGACAAAGCCACCGACGUUGAGGAGGGAUCCAGCAGCUCAGAGUCUGAUAUGGAGGAAGAGGAUGAAGAACCAGAAGCUGCUGGCCCGUCCGAUCUGGGUGGGGUGCCCUGGAAGGAGGCAGUAGAGCUCCACGCUAAACUAAAGGGAGAUAGCGACCCUGGCGCAGCUGAAGACGAUGAUGGCCUUCAUGGAGAGAUGGACGAGUAUGAAGAGGAGGAGGAGGAAGAGGAGGAGGAUGAAGACGAGGAGGAGGAAGAGGAGGAAUCGAGUGAUGCGGGAGAGUAUUUGCCUUGGGAGAGGGAGCUUCAGUCAGGUCUUUGGUUGGAGAGUCUCGCAAAUGAAGAGGAUACGGGUAUAUUUAAAGCUAGAAACCUGCACAUCCAGCAAGCUAUUCAUCCAGUAGACCCUCUGGACAUCCAGAUGGACAAACACUGGACAUCCAAACAGGCUGAAGGGGUGGUGGAGGGCCCCUCGCUCUCACCCUUAGGCUCCCAGCCCUCGCUGAACACCCAGCUCACACAGCCCACCUCUUCCACAGCCCCCUCCCACAAAUCCAUGCGUCAUGAGGCUGUCAGAGCCUGGUUGGACUCGAUGUCUGAAGAGCCCUGUGAAGAGGAUGAUGACGCAGAAGCGGGCAGUCCUGACUUUGAGCCGGGCACUGAAAUAGAUCAAGAGGACAUUCCCUCAGAUGCAGAGGCUGAAGCCCGUUCACAUUGCAUAGAUGAAGUGGUGAUGCUUCCCCUGGAUAAUGGCAAACCAGAGAGCCAGGGACAUGUUUUCAACACUGAGAAAACAUCUGCAAAUCCAAGGGAAUUGAUUGUGGACGUUGUGCUGUCUCCAAUCCAAAAACCUGCUUUACCCAUUGAGGAGGUGAAAGAAGUUUCUCCUGUAAUACUAGUCAAAUCUCCUGGUGCACGUUUCUUCCCUGAUCCCUUUCUACCUGAUAAUGCCAAACUGGACAUUCCCCCACCUCAGAGUCCUGAUGCUAAAAGACCUCAUUCUCCUGUUGCUCAAAUUGUUGCACUAUCGCCCAUCUGCUCCCAACCUGUUCCACAGCCAGAGACGGUGUCUCCCAAAUCACCUGUCCAGCCCCAGCCUUGUGCUUGUUCUCCAACAGGUAAUCCUUUAUCUCCAAUAUGUACCCAAUCACAACCCUGCCAUGAGCCACCCUCACCCCUCUCCUCAAGCUCCCCUGUAAGAACUCAGCCAGUCCCAGCAGUCACUUCCACUCCUUUGGCUAAACCUGCUUCUGAGAACCGAACCGAUGAAUCCUUGAAUGAUCCAGCACCCGAGGAAACCACUGUCAAGAAAACAGACCUCAUUGAGGAGUUCUGGUUGAAGAGCGCAGAGAUCAGAAAAAGUUUAGGACUCACGCCUCUGGAUCGAAGCAGAACAACAGUGGAUAAGAGCAUUGUGAAAACUCCAACGCCUGAAUCAUCAUCUCCCAGGUCUUAUACCCCAGAGGACUUGUCUGAAGAGCAGAAGCCUACUUUCGCGGGCCGUUCUAUCAUACGCAGGAUCAACAUUACUUUAGAAGGUCAGGUUAUAUAUCCGGUGGAACCAAAGAGUAAUGGUUCUGAGAAGAAGGACUUGAGCAGCAGUUCAGGGUUGGGUCUUAAUGGAAGCGUGACCACCAGUCAGACAGCAACUAGUGACAGCUACAACAACUCUGAUUCUACCAUGCUCACACCUCCUUCCAGUCCCCCACCACCUCCACCUAAUGAAGAGCCAGCUGCUCUCCAAAACAAAAGGCCUCAGGCUUCCUGGGACAACCUCCUUGAAGACACAGAGGAACCCAAAUCUGAGACUACGCCUCCUAAACCUAAGACUCCAGUUAGUCCCCCUCAACCAAAACCAGUCAUGGCUCCAGUGCCGACCCCUAGAACUAACCCACCUGUUGUGAUGAGGGUAAAGGAACAGAAUAAACCACGGCGCGAAGAAGUGAGGAAAUCUUUUGUGGAGUGCGUAGACGAGAUACCAUUUGCCGACGACGUUGAAGACACGUACGAUGAUCGCACUCCAGACACAAGUGGUCUGGAAAAAUUUUACACCCCUCCAACCAGCAAGGUCAACCGGGACAAGCCUCCUUUCCACCUGGCACUGGCAAUGGAAAACGGCAAGCCCAACAUUACUGGAGGGGUUUCUCGGACAGGAAAGAGUCCCCAACAAUUUUCUCCUGAAGCCAAGGAAAUCGCAGAAGAGCGAAUGAGGGCACGGGAAAAGUCUGUGAAAAGCCAAGCUCUGAAAGAUGCCAUGGCCAAGCAGCUUAGUAAGAUGAAAGAAUCAGAGGCUGCCAAGGGUGCUGUGGCAAAAGUAGCCUGGAAUGUUCCAGAGACCACAGGAAAAAACAAAAAGCAAAUAAACUCUCCCAAGGACUCUGCGGUGAAGGCCUUGGAGUCCAAAAAGCAGACAGACACACUCCCUGACCGUUUCUUAACUACACCAGCCAAUAAGACCAUGGACAGUUCUGUCACAUCUUCAGAGAGCUCCACAGGAGGUAAGAGCAAGAAACGCAGCUCACUGUUUUCUCCACGCAAGAACAAAAAGGAAAAGAAAGCCAAAAAUGAGAGACUAUCUGGCACAGAGGAAACACCACCCAAGCACAAGUCCCUGUGGAAGGCUGUAUUCUCUGGCUAUAAGAAGGACAAAAAGAAGAAAGAUGACAAGUCAUGCCCAAGCACACCCUCAAGCUCUACAACUGUAGACUCAGGGAAGAAGAAAGAAUCACCUCUGGACAGGUCCUCAGAUUUACGUCUGAGGAGAAAUCUCAGCUUUUCUGAGGACUCUGAUCUCUCCUGUGACGAUGUUCUGGAAAGAUCAUCUCAGAAGUCCAAGGGUGAUCGCCAUGUGGACCUGUUUGACUUGGUGUCAGAUUUGAAAAAAGAGACGAUUAAAGAUGAAAAAUCCAAAGAGAAGGUUAAGGACAGGGCUAUGGAAAAAGGAAGAGUUACAGAAAAGGGCAAGGAAAGGUCAAAAGAGAGGGAGAAUGAACGAAGAGUCAAAGAAAAGAGGGUGAAAAUGAAAGAUAUGGAACAGGAGAAAGGAAAAGAGGAAGAGUCUGUUUAUGUACCUCAUGCAUUGGCGUUCAAGAGAUCGUAUGCCACAAAGAAGACGUACACUGAGGAGGAACUCAAUGCCAAACUGACAAGAAGAGUACAAAAAGCUGCACGGAGGCAGGCCAAGCAAGAGGAGCUCAAGAGACUCCAUAGAGCCCAGAUCAUUCAGAGGCAACUGGAGCAGGUGGAAGAGAAACAGAGGCAGUUAGAGGAGAGAGGCGUCGCGGUGGAAAAGGCGCUGCGAGGGGAAGCAGGGUUGUAUAAAGGUUCUAGUGUUAGUCCAAAACAGCGUAAGAGACGCUCAGACUAUUGGGGAGAGUCUAAUUACAGUGAGAUCCUGGAUUUGCAUCUGGGCGUUGAGCCCUAUGUCGGGAUCCCUCGCCGAAGAGCCCUGUACCUCUGCCCCUGCUGUGCCCCUAAAGGAAUGGGUAAAAAGGACGAUCCAAAGCUGAUGCAGGAAUGGUUUAAACUGGUCCAGGAGAAGAAUGCCUUGGUGCGCUAUGAAUCGGAGCUGAUGAUAUUUGCUCGUGAGCUGGAGUUGGAGGACAGACAGAGUCGACUGCAACAGGAACUACGAGAACGCAUGGCAGUAGAUGACCAUCUGAAGACUGAGGAAGAGCUGGCAGAGGAGAAACAGAUUCUGAAUGAGAUGUUAGAAGUAGUCGAACAAAGAGAUUCUCUAGUGGCCCUUCUGGAGGAGCAGAGACUCAGGGAGAAAGAGGAGGAUAAAGACCUGGAGGCAGUGAUGCUCUCCAAAGGAUUCAGCCUCAACUGGGCUUAACAUAACAACUGUGACAUGGUUCUGACCGCCAGCGUUUCCCAGUUCCACCGCAGGGAAUGUAAAAAAUUGCAGAAAGAAUCGGUCUGUCUCCCCCUUCGUUUUUUUUUUUUUGGGGCAUGUCAACAACGUUUACAAAUCCACUCAUGAGCACGAUGAUGUUUACGAGUUCUCCUGGCACGACUCGGGGCAUUUUGUCCCUCAGCCGCCAAGGCAUUGGUUCCAUCCAAGACGUUUUCUCAGUCAGAAUGAGAGAAUGCAUCAAUUUGGGGAAUUUUUAUUUUGGUCUUGAAAAGGGACAUAUCAAUCCUGCUGAUGUUGAGGAAGUCUGAGACUAAUGAUCCUACAUAAAGCCAGUCUUGUUAUUCAGAGAAUGUCUGGUCAAUCAACUGUUACGUUUUCAGUGACAAGGCAUUUGGACUUGAUUUCCUAUAAUACAUUUUCUACCUUGACUACUGACUGAAAAAGUUCAGCUGUUUCUUUCCAAUCGCACUCCUCUCCCGUUUAAUAUAACGCACUAUAAUCAUCAGACCUCCAUGCAACAGAUGAAUGAAAUCUUUAGGUGUGGUUCACAUAUAAGCAUGUGAUGGACUUCUGUAGUUGUCACGGAACACCCUCAGCGACCGGCACGUGUUUGUAGCAUUGACAAUUGUGAAAUCUUCGAAUUCGUCAGUAGCCACCUGUUAUUACAGAUAUUGGUGUACGCUGGGAGCGAAAAGUUCUCAAUGUUACGUACUUCACUGAUGUUGGUUUCCAUUUGUCCAUUUGAGUGGGGUUACCACACAUAUAUCCUAAACACAGUUUACAAUCAUUUAUCAUCCAUGAAUAUCUGAUACUUGUACUAUAGUUUACAUAAAGCAGUGGAGUAUAUAUUAGUAUAUAAACUUCCUCAAUGCAGAUAGUUCAUAAGAAUAUAUAUACACACAAUAUAUACAAUCAAAUGCAUUAUGCAUUUUGUUGGUUUGUCAGUGGUUUCAAAAACAGUUAAGGCACCCACAGCUUUUCUGACUUUAUUUAGUAUCAAAUCAGAUGGUGCCCAUUUUCACAUUUAAUUAUCUGCCACCAAGUUUUGGUGUUAUAUUUUCCACUUUUUCCAGGUUUGGAGCAACAUGCCUUUUUUAACUUUUCAUGCAACGGCUCUUCACAACCACAGAGUUAAUUUAUGUUUGCAGAGUGUGUUAUUUAUAAUUGUCUUUGUAAAUUUUUAUAUCACAUGAAAACGUUCCAGCACUGUCGACCGACACCAGUGCUGAUUAACAGCAGGAGCUCGUAGUAGUCAUGCUCAAUUUGGAACAGGAAACAUCGAUAUUGCAAAUGAACAUGCCUUUUUCCUAAGUGUACAUUUCAUUUUAGUCACUGUUAAGCUGUAUAGAUGGGCACAGAUUUUUUUUUUGUUUUUUUUUUUUGUUUGACUUGUAAGUACAGAUAACUGUGAAUGACAACACAUGGUCAACGAUAGUUAUUUAGACUGUAAAAUGUUUGACAGAUUUUAUGGUAUUUAUUAACGUGUGAAAAAAUGUAUUAUAUGUAAAGUAAAUCAAUCCUAAUUUUUAAAAAAAUAUGUUGGGUCUUGAAAAUGCUUUAUGUUGCUAAUUUGCAUAUAGAGUGUUGGAUGUAUGCAGAGGCAAUAAACAAUGCAGUUGUUGCAAAUGAA